UUCACACUUCACACUUCACUGGAACUGGGCUGGACUGGGACUGCGUACCUAGGGAAAGCUGCGGGGCAGCCAGAUAGCGAUAACGAAGCCCACUAGUCCUUGCUUGUGAUCGCGGCGCAGUCCCCUGUCAGUGCUGCACUUAAACUUUGAAGCGGCGUCGCGCUCUUGUGACAAUCUCAACAGAACAAGAAGACUCGAACAUCACAGCACAUCACCAGAAACAUGGGUAAACGCAAGAAGGCCGCCAAGAAGCCUACGGGCCCCAAAAAGAACGAACCUCUCCCUACCGUAUUCCCCUGCCUCUUCUGCAAUCAUGAGAAGUCCGUCACAGUCAAGGUCGACAAGAAAGCUGGUGUUGGCCAUCUCACCUGCAAGGUCUGCAGUCAACAAUUCCAAUGCGCCGUCAAUUAUCUCUCGAUGCCGGUCGAUGUGUACUCGGAUUGGGUUGAUGCUUGCGAUGCGGUAGCUAAGGAGGAUGGUGAAGAGAGGGCUGCGGAUCUCGCCCCGUCGCGUGCCCCGGCUGCUGGACGCCCCAAGGCUGGUAGAGCAGCAACGGAGGAAGAGGAUGAUGAUAUUAUCGAUGAUGGCUCUGAUGGCAUGGGUGGUUAUGGAGGAGAAGGUGUGGUUGCGGAUGAUGAAUAUUAGGGGGUUCUCUCACUUCGGGCUCAGGUGGAGUUUGGCAUGAUGCUAGGGGCGUUAAGGAGGCACAAAAUGGAAUGUCCAUCUGAAAGUUUCGGAUGAGACUAAGUUGUGACUUCACGGCAAUGUAUGAAAAUGGCUGCGCACACUAUAUUCUGGUCCAAGUGAUUUCAUUGUCCCAAGUUGUGUCUAUAUCAGGGACGUCAAGAAGACUGGUCUCAAUCGAGGCUAUUUAUUCCG